UGGAUUUUCAUUCAAACGCUGAAAUCUCAUUAAACACGGUGAUUUGGUAUGGGAAACAUACACUUCACAUCUCCUUUUGUAACGCCCAUGUUUUGGGACUGGUGUUGAAUAUACCGGAAAACGCGUUUUGCCUUGUAACACAAUCUCAUAACAGUAAAAGGGGAAUCUAGGAAUCUAGAUUCUAGAGUAAUCUUCUGUGUCGUUCAUGGUGUCGAUUUUAUGUGUUUCAGUGGGCUCCAUGUCUUUCUUCUGUGGCUUCGCUUUCCUCACGUGGGCGACCAGGUACUUCAGGUUAUUCAAAGUCGCCCUUUUGACAAAUAAAUCGAGCAUGCCGAAUUUUUUUGUAUAUAAAUUGCAUGUUUGAAGCCAAGCAAUUGGGCCCGGAACCGAGAAGUCCGUUGGAUUUACUUAUAAAAUUUGCUCAUUGCAUGUGAACACUGAAUUGGGUUUCUGGGCUUGUCCAAAGAAGUCGGGUUUCUCUAAUUUCUGUUGAAAUUGUGGAGAAGUUGUUUAGCCUUGUGGUGGGCAUUUGUUUUUCUUUUCCAACUCCUGUAAAUUUAGAUCCGUAGAAAGACUGCUGGUCUAAAUCUUGAGGGAGUUUGGUAAGUAUGGGGGAAGGCAAGGGAGUGACAGGGAGGAAGAAGCUGAGGGUAUUGUGUCUGCAUGGGUUCAGGACAAGUGGAAGCAUUCUGGAAAAACAGGUUGGGAAAUGGGAUAGAUCAGUGCUUGAAAGACUGGAUCUCUGCUUUCUUGAUGCCCCUUUUCCAGCUGAAGGGAAGUCAGAUGUGGAGGGACAUUUCCCCCCGCCUUAUUAUGAAUGGUUUCAGUUUAAUCGUGAAUUCACAGAAUACCGAAACAUGGAUAAAUGCAUGUCUUACAUAGAAGAAUAUAUGAUAGAACAUGGCCCUUUUGAUGGCCUACUUGGGUUUUCUCAGGGCGCGAUUCUUUCAGCUGGGCUUGUAGGUCUUCAAUCAAAGGGCUUGGCUUUAACCAAAGUUCCGCCACUUCAAUUUGUGAUAAUUGUUAGCGGAGGCAAGUUCAAAGCACAGCAACUUUCACAAGCUUCUUAUUCUUCGGCUAUCAAAUGUCCAUCCGUUCAUUUUCUGGGUGAGAAGGAUUUUCUCAGGCCCUAUGGAGAGGAUCUAUUGGGAUCAUUUGUUGAUCCGGUUGUCAUUAAGCAUCCAAAGGCACACACAGUGCCUAGAUUAGAUGAGGAGGGACUGAAGACAAUGUCAUCUUUUUUCGAUAGAGUAGAAGAGAAUGUUCACAUGAAUGUUGAUUAUGCAGUCGAGAGUGAAAAGUCAAGGGAGCAAAGUGAGACAUCACAACUUGAAGAAGAAUUGAUUGAUGGAAGUCCUUUCUGAAUUUGUGUAGACUCAAAUUAAGUGUCAACAGAUAUUUGUAAACCAUGGAUAUUCACUAUAAAUUUCUUCUUUAUGCCCCCCACGGACACAGAGGCAGUUCAGUUGACAUCCUUAUAUUUACAUUUAUAUAAAAUAUCAAAUCUUUCAUUUGUA